AUCAGCUGGCUUGUUUAGCGGGAGUGAUGGCGGGGAGAGGAGCUGUGCUGCUGCUGGCUGUGAGCUGGCUGUGUGCGGCGGCGGGCAGAGUCCAGUACGUGGCUGGGGAGGAGGAUGACAACCAGGACACGGAGUGUAAGAUGAAGAGUGUGACCGUGUCGGCGCUGCCCUUCCUGCGGGAGAAGGAGCUGAGCAUCAUGCACAGUCCUUCCGUGUCCGAGGCCAAGCUGCUCUUCUCCGUCACUAACGACUUCCCCGGACACCUGCUGGUGGUGGACGACCUGGACAACACCGAGCUGCCCUUCUUCGUGCUCGAGAUCUCAGGGAACUCAGAAGACAUCCCCCUGGUGCGUUGGAGACAACAGUGGUUGGAGAAUGGAACUCUGCUCUUCCACAUCCACCACCAGGAUGGAAGUGUCCACCUUCUAGAACCUACUGAGGAUCCUCACAACACUUCUGCCAAGGAGGAGCUGCGCAUCCUGCAUAUCUCUGUCAUGGGUGGGAUGAUCGCCCUCCUGCUCUCCAUCCUGUGCUUGGUCCUGAUCCUGUACACCCGCCGGCGCUGGUGCAAACGCCGCCGCGUCCCUCAGCCUCAGAAGAGCGCCAGCGCCGAGGCGGCCAACGAGAUCCACUACAUUCCCUCGGUCCUGAUGGGCGGUCAGGCCCGGGAGAGCCUGAGGAACACCCGGGGUCAGGGGCCCAACUCCAGCGGGACCCUGAGCAUCCGGGAGACCCCCAUCCUGGACGGGUACAAGUACGAGUACGACAUCACAGACCUGCGCCACCACCUGCAGAGAGAGUGCAUGAACGGUGGAGAGGAGUUUUCUAGUCAAGUCAGUCGGACUCUGGACUCUCUGCAGGGCUGCAACGACAAGAACAACAUGGACCUGACUGCUGUGAGUGACAACAAGAUGGUGUUGAUGAACAAGUACAAAGACAACAUCAUCAACAACAGUCCCAUGGAAAGUCACCUGCAACAGAACACUUUACUUCCUCACAACACCAGCGGCAGUCAACACAAACGUUUGUCCAGCAACACACGAGCGGGUUCCACCUUCUUGAACCCAGACGGGGACUCUGGCACGGAGGCCGACAGCGAGCCUCAGCUGGCCUUCUACACCGACCCCAGCCGCAGUCGGCGCCGCAGUCGAGGUAUGAGAAACGGUAACGUCAACAGCGCUUGGGGCUCCGGGGCAGCAGGGUCCCCCAGGAGCCCCAUCAGCAAAACCACUCUGACCCUCAUCAGUGUCAUCAGCUGUGUCAUCGGCCUGGUGUGCUGCUCGCACAUGUCCUGCACUCUCUCCGUGCGGGUCAUCCUACAUGUGCCGGAACACCUCAUCGCUGACGGGUCUAGGUUCAUCCUGCUGCAGGGCAGCCAGCUGGAUGCUUCUGAUUGGCUGAACCCGGCCCAGAUCUUGUUGUUCCACCAACAGAACGCCAGCGGACCUUGGAUCAACGACCUGUGUGGGCGUCGCCUGCUGGACCCUUGUGAGCACCAGUGUGACCACGACACAGGACAAUGUCUUUGUCUCAACGGCUACAUGAGAGACCCCGUCCACAAGCACCUGUGCAUCCGCAGCGAGUGGGGGCCAAACCAGGGUCCUUGGCCUUACACCAUCUUCCAGCGUGGAUUCGAUCUGGUGAUGGGAGAACAACCUUCCGAUCGCAUCUUCAGGUUCACCUACACACUAGGAGAAGGAAUGUGGCUUCCACUCAGUAAAAGUUUCGUCAUCCCACCAGCAGAACUUGCCAUCAACCCUUCUGCCAAAUGUAAGACAGACAUGACGGUCAUGGAGGACGCUGUGGACGUCAGAGAAGAACUGAUGAUCAGUUCCUCCUUCGACUCCUUGGAGGUUCUUCUGGACUCCUUCGGUCCUGUCAGAGACUGCAGCAAAGACAAUGGAGGAUGUAGUCGCAACUUCCGCUGCAUCGCCGACAGGAAACUGGACUCCACCGGCUGUGUGUGCCCCCCCGGCCUGAGCCCCAUGAAGGAUGGCAGUGGUUGCUAUGACCACCACAUCGGCAUCGACUGCUCUGACGGCUUCAAUGGCGGAUGUGAGCAGCUGUGUCUGCAACAGCUGGCACCUCUGGAGGACGACCCCAGUCUCUACAACAUCCAGAUGUUCUGUGGGUGCAUCGAGGACUACAAGCGAGGACCGGACUCUCGGUCUUGUCUCCCCUUGUCCGAGUCCUGCACAGAAGGACUGGACUGUGGAGACGCUGCGGACGUCCCUGCAAACCAGACCGUCUUUGGGGACCUGUUCUUCGGUUUUAACAACCACAGCAAGGAGAGCACGUCUGGACAAAUCCUCAAGGCCACCUUCAGACAGAAGAACUUUGCUCGGGGCAUCGAGCAGCAGCUCCCAGACGGCAUGGUAGUGGCUUCUGUGCCCACUGAGGUCCAGUGCCACGAGGAACUGUUGGACCCGGUCCCGGACCCAGAAUACCUCACAGGCAUGGUGAACUACAGCGAGGUGUCAGGAUAUCCACUUGUUCAACGUUGGAGUCUUCGCUCGGUGCUCUACCACGUCAAACUCAACCAGUGGGUUUUAUCUCAAGGGUUCAGCGCUGCCAUCCACUCCCUGGACGGAGCGACUCAGCGCAGCGACUUUGAGAAGAUCCUGCAGGACUUUGGCAACCAUUAUGUGCAGGAGGCCAUGUACGGCUUCCAGGAGUCCUGCACCAUCUGGUACCCCAACAAGCAGGUCCAGAGGCAACUGUGGAUGGAGUACCAGGACAUCAGCAAAGGUAACUCACCUUCGGAGGAGUCGGAGGAGCACGACAAGGAGCCCAGAACCCUGACCUACCCCGCCUACGUGGCCAGUCUGCUGGACACGGGCGCCAAGCGCAUGGCGGCGGGCGUGAGGAUGGACUGUAGCAGCCAGGGUCAGUGUCCUCGGUCUUGCCACCUGUGCCACAUGAGUCCCAGGCCGGCUCAGGGACGCCAACAGUCCCUACCUGUCUUGCUGCAGAUCACCAAGGCCGCGCCCCUCUACGAACUGGUGUCCAACAACGAGACCUACCAGGCCCUGCAGGAGGCCAUGAUGAGCACCUUGUGGUGUUCAGGUCAAGGUGAUGUCAUCCAUGACUGGUGUCGCUGUGACUCCGCCUCCUUUGGUGCUGAUGGACUCCCCACCUGUGCUCCUCUUCCUCAACCUAGACUGAAACUGUCCUACGCCCACGAGCCCAGCAGCUCGUUAGUGAUGAUGGAGUGGAAACACACGGAGCCUCCUAUUGGUGUUCGCAUCAUGGAUUACCUCAUCAGCCAGGAGAAAGUGACGGACAGGAGCGACCACGCCAAAGUGGAAACAGAAAGUGUCCUGAGCUUCGUGGAUGACAUCUGGUCGGGUGGUAGAUCUCCCUGCGUCAUGUUGGCGGACAUUCCCAACCUGGCGUCCUCCUCCGUCAGCAUGAUGGUGCGCUGCCUGGAGCCCGACACCACCUACAUGUUCAGGCUGUGGGCAGUAGACAACACUGGGAGGAGGUCCAGUCCCAGUGAGGUGACUAUCAAGACUCCGUGUCCAACUGUGGAUGAUGUCAAGGCACAAGAGAUCUCAGACAAGAUCUACAACUUGUUCAACGGCUACACCAGUGGUAAGGAGCAGCAGACGGCCUACAACACCCUGAUGGACUUGGGUGCACCCACCCUGCACCGAGUGCUUUACCACUACAACCUGCGCUACCACACCUUUGGAGAGUUCACCUGGAGGUGUGAGGACGAGCUGGGACCAAGGAAAGCGGGCCUGAUCCUGUCCCAGCUCCAUCAAGUGUCCCCGUGGUGCAAAAGUCUCCUCCAGGAAGCCAAGGUGGGUCUUCGCAGGAUGUCCCUCCAGUUCUUGUCCUGCCGCUACAGCGACACCGCUAAGGUGAACUGGGCAGACCUGGACCAGGACCUGCACAAGUCCUGUGACCAGCAGACGCUAACUGUCACCUACAACGACUACGGCGAGCCCAAGGAGUUCUGAUGCGGCGCUACCACUAAUAUGUUGGUGUCGUCAUGACAACUGAUGAAACUACAUUACAUUUAUUGUGUGAAAACUUAGUGCUAACAUCAAAUGUUGUUAUUAAUAAUGUUAAUGAUUCAUCUUAUUAAUUACUGUUAAUGAUACAUGUGACUAAUUAAUGUUAAUGAUACAUGUUAUUAAUUAAUGUUAAUGAUACAUGUGACUAAUUAAUGUUAAUGAUACAUGUGACUAAUUAAUGUUAAUGAUGCAUGUUAUUAAUUAAUGUUAAUGAUACAUGUUAUUAAUUAAUGUUAAUGAUACAUGUUAUUAAUUAAUGUUAAUGAUUAAUAUUAUUAAUUAAUGUUAAUGAUACAUGUUAUUAAUUAAUGUUAAUUAUUAAUCUUAUUAAUUAUUUUUAAUGAUAC